GGAUCCCUAUCUUUUCAUUUAUCCUUUUCCGGUUUCUUGACAUGGCCACGCCACAAGAACGACACCCAGAACUCUUCCGACCCGUGAACAGCGAAUCACCGCAGGGGAAGCAGCGGACCGUGCGUCUAGAAUGUCUACCUGGGAUUCAACCGGACCGGCACUGCAUAUCCACCCACGCCAACCAGCCAUGUGUAACGCCCUCGAAACCCUCGGACUGACCUGUUGGCACUCUACCCAGUUCAUGUCCAGUAAGUUCGGUGACGUCGAAAUGUGGCAGGAAGCCGUAAACCGGAAAUUCUUCCACGCCCCCGGGCCAAAGUACGGGCGGGCGGAAUUCGACCAGCUGCUCCACGAUUACGGAGCUGUCUCGUCCGACACCCCGGCUAUUGCCUUUGCGGACGACUUGAUUCAAGCUUACCCGGACGCAAAGGUGGUUCUUGUUGAGCGAGAUAUUGACUCGUGGUAUCAGAGUUGGAUGAACAGCGUGAUUAAGAACGCCUACCACCCUUUUGUUACGGUGAUCUACACUAUCGAUCGGUGGUUUACCCACGCGUUGGGUCACGUGCAUAGGUCGACCUUUGAGGGCUGGUUGGGGAUCAAGAACCCAGAGGAUGCCAAGCGCGUGAGUAAGGAGAAAUACCGGGAGCAUUAUGCGCUGGUGCGGCGGUUGACGGCUCCGGAUCGCCUGCUGGAGUUUAAGAUGAGUGAUGGGUGGGAGCCGCUGUGCGAAUUUCUGGGGAAGCCAGUGCCAAAAGUGCCAUUUCCACACCUGAAUGAAAACAAGUGGCUGGAUGAGAAGGUGCAGACUGUGUUGCAGCGUGGGAUGAAGAGGUUGGCGUGGAAGGUGAUGCUGUGGGUUUGGGCGCCGCUAGUAGUAGCGGUGUUGAUCUAUAAGGCGUUGUAG